AUGGGAGAGGCAGAUGAUGAUUUAAACGCGAUGUAUGCACAGCUGAGAUUAACAGAUGGUGAGCAGUCAGUUGUGUCGCUGGAGGAUGUGGUUGAUGAUGAAAUUAAUGAUACAGCAGACCUGAGCUUGAUUGGAAAGUUGUUGACGAAAAAACCCUACAACUUGAGCCACAUGAAGAAUGCUUUGGCUAGUGCAUGGAGAUUAGCAAGAGGUUUUGAGAUGAGGGACAUUGGCGAUAACCUUUUUGUAUGUGAGUUUUAUUCCAAACUUGACAGGAAUAGAAUCGUGGAUGAAGCGCCCUGGCACUUUGAUAAGCAAUUAAUACUUUUUGAACCUCUAAACGGAAAUAUGCAACCUAACAAUAUGAUGUUGGUGUCUUGCCCAGUUUGGGUUCGCAUAUACGACCUCCCGCUAAAUUGUAGAGGUAAGGGAGCUAUUUCUAAGAUUGGGGCCAAAUUUGGUCAGGUGAUUGACUGGAAAGCUGAGGAAGGGAGUAGGUGGGGACGGUAUGGUAGGGUUAAGGUGAUUCUUGAUAUUUCAAAACCCUUAGUCAGAGGGACAAAGAUUGCCAAUUCACUGGGUGAGCUAAGCUGGGUAUACUUCAAAUAUGAGCGUAUUCAGAACUACUGCUAUUGGUGUGGGAUGCUCGAUCAUAUGAUGGUGGACUGCGAAGUUAAACCCGAGAAUACUGAAGUUUCAGAAUGGUCGUAUGGGCCUAAUUUGAGAGCUACACCUAGGAAACGAUUACUAAUGGGAGGGCGAGGAAGCACGAGCCAGAAAAGCCAAGAAUCGCACCUGAAUUUCCAAGAAGAGCAGGUUGCAGAGGGGAAUCAACUGGGAGAGGAUUUUGUGGAGAUUAAUGUAGCUCAAGUGUCCUCACUUCAACCGAAACAAUUUGGUGGAGUACCAGAAGCGUUAAUUAAUACAAGUCAGUUCGUGGGGAAGAAUACCAAAAAAGGUACAUGGACAAGAUCCAAGGUACAGAAGACGGGGGCUGCCAGUACUUCAAACAGUGUGGAAAGGACUGGGAAGAUGAAGAGAGGGUACGAAACGGUUCAAUCCUCAACGGAUCCAUUAGAUUUUUUCUCAAAGAAAUCAAGAGAUGAAUUAGUGGGUCAGCUUGAGUCUGUUGAGAUAUCGGCGGAGACUGACAAUCAGUCUCGCCGGAAGCCAUGA